AUGCCGAGACGGAAAGAUCAGCACCGUUGGCGAGACGAAGCUGGAUGGGAUGGGCGGCCGGAUCCACCAAAUCUCUGGGCUAAAAAGAAUUUGGGGAGGGAGGAAGCAAAGCUUUUUGAUGCAUCAAGUUGCCGUCUGGAUGGAUACGAGGUGACGGCGGCUGUUGAUAGAGUGCAGCACCCUGGCCACGGAGACCUGAAACGCCAGACCAGGAUGAACCGGAAUGAAUAUGCAACUAGCGCGAGAGUCAAAACCAGCUCAGAUGAUCUGCGGGCUGAUAAGACACAGAGGCUUGAGGCCUGUCCAGACCAGAUAGAACCCCUCCCGGCGAAACCCGUAUGGGCAAUUUGUAUGGCGCAGGAAGUGUGUGGUGGUGAUUCUGGCCCCAACCGCCACUUCAUCAGCACCAAGGCUGGGCAGCGCAUUCCCAUUGGUAUGAUUGGUAACGGAGUCGCGCGGCCAGAAGUAGUCAGAGGAGGCGGAGAGGAUGGCGGUGGGAGAGGAAGAAAUACCAAAUACACGACAGAAAGACAAAAGAUGGUAUUGACGGGAAGAAACUUUGGAAGAGGCGGAGAAGAGACAAAGAACCGCAAAGGAAGAAGCAAAGAGGCGCACAGGGGAUUUAAGGGAAAAGCAAACUCUCGGUCGGCAAGCAGUGGGGAAGAAAACAAGGUGCUUCGAUGGAUGUUCCUUGCCUGGUGCAGGUUUAGUUAG